UCUCCCCCCCCCCCCUCCAGGGCAUGAGCAGUCUGUUCAGCUCCCUGAAGGUGGUGCGCCUGCUGCGUCUGGGCCGGGUGGCCCGGAAGCUGGACCACUACCUGGAGUACGGCGCGGCGGUCCUGGUGCUGCUGGUGUGCGUGUUCGGGCUGGUGGCUCACUGGCUCGCCUGCAUCUGGUACAGCAUCGGCGACUACGAGGUCAUCGACGAGACCACCAACACCAUCAAUGUGGACAGCUGGCUCUACCACUGGCCCUCAGCAUCGGCUCGCCGUACCGAUACAACGCCAGCGGCACGGGCCGGUGGGAGGGCGGCCCCGGCAAGGACUCCCUGUACAUCACCUCGCUGUAUUUCACCAUGACCAGCCUGACCACCAUCGGCUUCGGCAACAUCGCGCCCUCCAGCGACGGGGAGAAGAUCUUCUCCGUGGCCAUGAUGAUGGUGGGAUGUGAGUAAUUUGUUUCUAGUCUCACAGACCUGCAGCCGAUGAAAGCUGCAGAAAGCUGCGACGUGUGUGAUCAAUGCCAUGCGGUUAAUGCGGGGAAUCGUCCGGACUGAUUAAGGAGCGACUUCUUCAUGCUGGACGCAAAGUGAGGAAAUCCUUGGUACACAUUGUGUCCGCACAAAUGUGGGUGGAUUUGAUCUCAUAUUCAUUUAGAAUGGAUGAAAAGUGAACUGUGCAGACACAGAGGAACACACAACUCUUUGCAGGUGAAACUCUUUGUGUUGGUCCCCGGUGAUGAACGAUUCCCCCGCUGCACCCUGGGGCGUCGCAGGAGAACCGACUACAGAGGAGGGCGAUGUUUACAUCUCUUCUUUGAACUGGUUUCUCCAAAAGAUCCAGCAAUUAGUCCUCGGAUGUGUGCCGGUGUGUGUUAGUUGCUGCUGUCUUCUCGUGGUUAAAGAUCUUUGAAAGGGGAGAAGAAGGCAAAUAAUCCCCAUGCUGAUGGUUGUGUUUGUUCUGUUCUACGAAUCUAUUGGUUCAUCCGUCUUUAAGGAUCAAACCUUGCAGCUGUGUGGAGAGAUUGGUUGUGUUUUGCUGUCUGGGCCCGAAGCAGCUCGUGUAACAGCGUGUUUGUGCUGUCAGGGAAUCAAUGAUUAAAAUCUGUGCUCAGAAGACUUAUUUCACCAAGUGGUUCUCCUGGAAGCUGUGACGGAGGAACCGAGGCGGCAUGUGGAUCCGUCGGUGUCGAGGUUGAACAGACGCAGACAGGAAGUGGAGCGGAUGGCGAGUGAAGUCGGUGAAUCUGUGCGCCGGGUUUUCUUCCUUCGGGCCGAAGCCGCUGCGCAUAAUAAUCCAUAAUUCAGCGGGUUCUUUAAGCUCGAGCGCUCACGAGGUCUCGUCGUGUAGAACGGCGCUCGCGUGGAACCUCUGGAUGAGCUGUUUCCUGCUCAAUGAUGCAGGACGUGUAUCAGGAAUAAAUAGUGGAUGUGAUAAAAGUACAACAUAGCAGAAGCAGUUUGUGGUAUUACCACUACUCUCUGUAGUAUUUCAUAUCUUCCUGUGAUUCUCCGGCGUCUGAAGCGUUUAGCAGGAAACAGCAGCUCCUCUCGGCCAGCGUUCAGCGCGACAGACGCUCGGGGAGCCGGCGGACCUCGUUCUGGCCGCCGCGCCGUUUCUGUGUCUUU